UUCCAUCAGGGCUGGGAGGGCCAACACGAUAAGUUUCCGCCUUUUGUUAGCUGUGCCAUUCCUUGUUCCAAGGUUUCGGUUAAAGAAAGGAGACAAGGCAGGUUGUAAGAACAGACCGAGCUGAAGAUCAGAGAGGUUUCAAGGAGUUUGAGAAGAACCGAAGAUGCUAACGACACUCUUACUGCUUUGUGGGGCCGUUGGGCUGCUGAAAUCAGACACACAUUCGAGGCAUCCUGGUUAUCACCAUCAGAGGCCAGGGCCAGAAGUUCCUCAGAUGUCUGCACCUCCACAACUGUCUUCUCCGGUGGAAGAAUUCUGGAGAAGAGAGUCCAUCCAAGAUGAAACUGAGGCAGAGAUGGAGGAGCCUUACCCUGCAAGUCAUGAAUCCAGAAAUGAGAACUGGUGCUCCUCUGUUCAAUAUCGGACUGCCACGUACAUUGCAGUUUGCAGGACAGAGAAAUACAUAAUCAGGUCCCAACAACCAUGUCCGAAUGGAACUCCAGACUGCCAGAAGAUCAUGUACAGAACAGCGUUGAAGCCAGUCUACAGGAUAAAAGAGAAAGUUGUAAGCUUUUUAGACUGGAAGUGCUGCCCAGGUUAUGUAGGCAAGGAUUGUGAACAAUAUGAUCCAGCUCAGUUUCCAGUGAGUACCAGUCAGCCUGAACAUUGGGAAGAAGCAUUCUCAAACCACAGAGAUGUUGUAGAAGCCCAUCAAAGUCAUGAAGCACUGUUAGAAGACCUGCAGAAUGACAUUCACCAGACGGCAAGCAGUUUAGGAAUCUUACAGAAAGUCCUUCAUCACAAUAGCACCGACAGAAAUGGAGGCACAGACCAGCACCAGUCAGAAGUCCAGCAAAUGCUCUUUCUAUACAUAAACAGUUUCUUAAAGGAGCAUUUCAAUCCUGUCUGGGCCAGUUUCAAUAAAAGUCUACAAGACCUGUCCAUUGCUGUGCAGAACCUUUCCCAGAGCGUGGAAGCGAAUCGGAAGAGCAUAGAGCGAUUCCAAGAAAGUUCUGUGCCCAGAAAAGAUUUCCAAGAACUAGGGACAAAGUUCGAAUCCAAAGUCCAAGCAAAUGUUCUGAGGGCCGACCAGAUGAAGCGAGACAUGGAUCAUCACAACUACCUGCAACAAGCCGCCAUCCAUUACAAUCUUACGAUGAUCAAAGCAGACACGGACCUGAAGCUCAAGAGACACCACAAGCUGCAGCAGUCUGUUUUAUUAGCUUUAAACAACAGUUUGGCCGACCUGAGACAAGAGCAAAAUAAGCUUCGUGGUGAGCUUGAGAUGCUAAACAGAAAUUUUGCCAUGUUCCCAAGGCGAUUGGGCCAUCAGAAUGAGGUGUUUGCUGAUAUGGAUAUGCAGAACUUCAAUCAGACCUUGGAAAAACAUGCUCGGGAGCUAAAGACCCUUUAUGAGGAGUCUGAAAAAGACUAUGAAGAACUAACUGAUUCCAUCACAAGGUUAAAAGACAGCUCAAAACGUGACAUAGAAGACUUCCGUGUACGAUUAAUAGAAGGGAGUCUCAUGAUCGAUGAAUACAGAGAAGAUGUAGAAAGGAGGAUUUUCGCUCUUAAUAAUAGUCUGGCAGAUAUUCAAGAAAACUACUGGAGUCUACAGAAGUCCAUGAAGACAUGCUGUUGUGAAGAUCAGCCUUCAAGUACUAAUGUGGAAGACUUAAAGAACAUCACUCAGAUGCAUGGAGAACAUCUAAAAUAUCUGGAGGCACGUUUAAAAGAUCUCACUGCUGCUUUCCCGCUUAUCCACCAAUCUUUGGAUUUCCAGCAAGAACAAAGCUGGAAGCUGCAAGAUGGCCUGUCUCUCUUAAGAAACCAUUCUGAAGUUUUUUCUGAGGAAGUUGAUAUGCUAAAAAAAGCCGACAAGAAGAUGCGUGACCAUGUUACAUAUCUCAACAGUUCUUUCAAUUCGUUGCUGGUAGAUGCAUUGAGACACGAGAAGGCCCUUGAGAUUCUGCUCGGAGAGGAAAUUUUGGAGCACCUAUCUGAAGAAGAGGUCAUUCCAUCCGUAGAUCAACUUCCAGUGAUGAACAUCAAAUUAAUUUCAGACCAUCUCAAGAAGCAGAGUAUGACACUAGAGUCUUUUAAGAAGAGAAUAGACUUUUGGGAGGCAGAUCAUGAAAAUAAUCCACAUGAUCAUAAAUCUUCGAAAGACCCUGAUACUGAGAAACAAAUUGACCUCAAUCCCCGACAUGGUAGAGUAGAAUAUAUGGAGCCAAACCAUGAGGCUGUCAUGGAGGAUGCCUUAGACAAUCCAGCAUACCAUGAUAUUACGACCCUAAAAAGAGAGAUUGGACACCUUACCAAAGAGAUGAAGAGAUUUGAAUUGCAAUGGGAUCAUAUUCAUUCCUGCUGCAAUCAAACGGAGGCCAACCUAGGGGACUUCCUCAGUGUUUCAGUGAAGGAGGUGAAGGAAGAUCUUGUAUCAGCCCAAAAAAACUUUGAAGAACAUCUAGCGAUCUUUCAGAAAGUGUUUGGAAACAGUAAGGAGUUGGCUGCCUCAAAUGUAAGCCUGGAUGUAGCAAAGCUUCAGUUGCUGAUGAGCAGAAAAACGAGGAAGCAUCUUAAGGAGCAAGAACAGCAAAUCCUGAGGGAGAAAAAAGAGGUCCAUGGCCACAGAGAAGCUCUUUUGAAUGGAAGAAAAAAGAUAAAUGCAGAGACACAGAAGGAAGACACAGCGGUGGCUUUUUAUGUGCAAUAUGCCGAAGAUAAAGAGGAGCCCUCCGUCUUUAACCGCACCUACCUUAACUAUGGAGGAGGUUACUCUCACGAACGUGGCUACUUCAAGGCCUCUCAUAACGGGGUUUAUAUGGUGGCGGUCGGUGCCGAGUUUCCCCCAGGACCUGCUUUGGGACAACUAGUUUUCAGCAAUGGCCACAGAAUGACUCUAAUAAACAACAAGAAGAGGAAAUCCAGCGGUGGUUAUACAACAGUUUUCGCCCUGGUGGAGCUGGAGAAGGGAGACUUGAUGUGGUUUGAACUGGUGCAAGGGGACGCCGUGAGACAGAACACAGUUGGGCUGAGCAUGGCGGGAUUCCUGCUACUGAAAACCUGAGAAGGGAGACCUUGAUGAUAGCAGGGAUCUUCCGGUGAGCGCAGUCAGUUUGAUGUUUCAAUGAACGACCUGUUUUCCUCUGCGCUAGGACAUUAGCUCAGCAAUGCUUUCUAGAAGGACUUCAGUAGCUGCUUAGUUCAAGCAAGGUGGAGUUGCAGAAGUCAAUCUGUUUCUUCAACUGGCCAUGAGGCAGGUGACAUUUUUCCCCCUUUGUUGUCCUCAACAUUCUUGUGUUGUCAGCCGCCUCAGAAUUGUUGGAUAUGAGAUGGGCGGCAAAUAAAUUUUAUAAAUAAAAAUCUCAAGUCUGAUCCCCCACACCCACAAUUUGCAGAGCCAGGCUACGAGUAGGAAGAGAGAGUAAUGCUUCUAGAACCCAUCCAUGGAAAAACCCAACUUUAUCCAAACAAACGACUUUGUAUAACGCGUGUGGCUUGUUUCUUCCUGCAUCAUCUAUAGCAGGGGUGUCAAACUCGCGAUGUCACGUUAUCAUGUGACUUUUCCCCCCUUCGCUAAACUGGCUGUGGGCGUGACCAGUGCAUGACGCAUCCGGCCUGCGGGAAAAUUUGACACCCCUGAUUUAUGGUCUACCUGAAGAAUUAGAAACUUAGUGCUUGUGACAGUUUUUGUUCUUUUGUCGUCCUCAACAUUUUUGUGUUGUCAGCUGCCCCAGAGUUGUUGGAUACGAGAUGGGCAGGAAAUAAAUUUUAUAAAUAAAAUGUCAUGUCCGAUUCCAACACCCACAGUUGCAGAGCCAAACUAUAACUAGGAAGAGAGAGCAAUGCUUCUGAAACCCAUUCAUGGAAAAACCCAACUUUGUGCCUCAUAUUGUCCAAAGAAACUUGUUUAACGGAUGCAGCUUGUUUCUUCCUGCACCAUCUAUAGCACGAGUGUCAAACUCAAUUUCAUUGAGGGCCGCAUCAGGGUUGUGUUUGACCUCGGGGGCCAGAGUGGGCGUGGCCAGGAUGGGCAUGGCCAGCUUGACGUCACUUAUGUCAGCGGCAUCUGUGGUGGCCUGAGCACUCUGCCAGCGAAAACAGACUCCCCAGCUCUGUUUUCAGCUGCGAUGGCCUCCUGCCAGUGAAAAAGGAGCUCGAGGCCAUGCAUGGCACUCCAAGCUCCGCUUUUGCUGACAGAGGGCUGCAGGAGGCCGUCACGGCUGAAAACGGGAGCCCAGGAGGGCCACAUGCAGCCCUUCCAAACUCUGCUUUUGCUGAGAGGCACCACGGGCCAGUCUUUUGCUGUUUCUACGGCAGCCCUGUAGGCCAGUUCUAAGCACCCUGCAGACUGGAUCUGGCCCCUAGGUCUUGAGUUUGACACCCCUGAUCUAUAGUCACACCGAAAGAUUAGAACCUCAAGGAAAGCAUCAAGGCAUUUCUUCCAUCCUCUUAAAUGAUCUGUAAGUAGCUAACGGAGAUCAACCAAAAGAGACAAUUCUUAAAAAGUGUUGUUUAAAGGUGACCCAUUGUCAAGAAAUAUUUCACUCUGUUGACCUUCCUGAGCCCGAAUUUUUUAAAAACAUCCUGUAUUAAAUGUACUUGGGAGUGA